AUGGCUGAAAACAUUGAAAAGUCAUUGUGCAAUCAUCUGAAGACUAGUAAAUUUUCAAUUCAGUUGGAUGAGUCCACUUUACCAACUAAUGAAGCAUUGUUGUUGUCUUACGUGAGAUUUAUUAAAGAUGAAAAAAUAUGUCAAGAACUUUUAUUUGCUAGAAAUUUAGAGACAGACACGAAAGGAGAAACCGUAUUUAAAACACUGGAAAAGUUUUGUGAUGAAAAAGGAAUUCUGUUGAAGAAUAAUAUAUCAGCUGUUACAGAUGGUGCUUCAGCUAUGACGGGGUGUCAAAAAGGCUUCAUAUCGUACUUAAAAAAGAAAAUUCCUGAUGUGCUUGCUGUACAUUGCGUUAUACAUCGACAGCAUUUAGUUUCUAGAAAUUUAAGUGAACGACUAUUCCAAUCAUUGCAACAUGUCAUCAGAGCAGUCAAUAAAAUCCGAAACAACUCUUUAAAUGACAGAUUAUUUAAUCAGCUUUGUGUUGAUAAUGAUGAAGAUUUCAACAGAUUAAUCUUUCACACAGAAGUGCGUUGGCUAUCAAAAGGAAAUUAUCUGACUCGUUUUUACAAUCUGUUUGACUCUGUCAUAGAGUUCUUGGAAAACAAAGAUGCAGAAUUGCGCGAAAACCUCAUCACAUCAAAGAAUGAUAUCGCAUACCUGCCAGACCUUUAUACAUUGCUUAAGGAUAUGAAUCACCAAAUUCAAGGCGAUGACUUGAACUUAAUAAAAACAAAAAAUGUUUCGUAG